AGUACAGGUGCAUAGCUGUGUAGCUUUGGUUUCUAGCACUUAAGAACUUCAACCUAAGGAGGAGACUGGUGGAACCAUGAGACUUCUCUUAAUUUCUCUGCUGCUGGGACUGGCAGCAGCAUGGCCAAUACAGGAAGGAACGAAAGCAACGGAGAAGCAUCGCACAUGCUUACAUUCCUCUGAGAAUAAUUCUGAUUUCAACAAUAUACAUAAAAAUCAUACAUGCAUACAUUGCUUUAUGGAUAACACUAAUUUCAACAACACUCACAAAAAUCACUUACACACCAACAAAGGAGAAUUCCAUACAUGUAACAAGUCACAUGUAUGUCCAUUACCAGCAUGUACUAAUGAAGAGGACUGUGAAGCAGGGUCUAUCUGUAGAAAUACCUCCUGUGGAUUAAGAUGUCUCAAGGAUCACAGUGCUAUGCACUUGCAAAAGAAUGGAGAACAUACACAUCAAGACCCAAAGAGUCUCCUAAAGAGUCAUCAAUGGGUUGCUAAAAACUACACACAUCAAAAUGAAAGAAAUGAAACAGGAGCACAUAACAGUUUGAAUAAAAAAGGCAACAUAAGGAAGGGAAGAGAUGUACAUGAAAAUAGCCAUAAAGAAGGUCAUACAAACCAUAAUGAGGGACAAGAAGGGAAUAAGCAACCCUCACACAAAGCAAGGAUGAUGCGAGAUGUUAAGAAAUCACAUCGAGGAAGACAAAGCUCAGAAGAGAGUGAAGAACAAGGGUCUGCAGAAAUGGAAUCAGUGGAAUCGGAUGAACAGGAGGAGCAAGAAUCUUCAGAAAGUAAAAAGUCGUUUGAAAGUGAAGAACAACAACUGGAAGAAGACGAUAGAAAUGUGGAGGAAAAAAGACAAAGACAAUCCUGCCAGGGUAAGAAGGCACCUAAAAGAGGAAGACGAAAUGCCAAUAACAAACCACCUAAUCCGGGACAUAAACCAGGGAAUGGAGUAAAGAAUGGACUGCAUCCUGGAGCAAAAAGUAACCAUAAAAAUAAUGGCAGACACCCAAGAGAUCUAAGUAACCAUGUUGAUGGAGAAGGAAACAACAAAGGUCUACGCAACAAACAUAAUGAAGAUUUAGGGCAACAUAAUAACAAGUCACGCUCACAUAAAAGAAAUCAAAACGCACAUCAUCACAAAGAAAGCAUUCAAGAGGAGAAAGAAAAUAAAACAGAAGUCAGUAAUGGUACAAACCCAGGAAAAAAGCAUAGACAUCAUUCAGAAGACAAAACAAAGAAUGGAGAAAGGGAAGGUCGACAGCCAGGAGAAAGAGAAGGCCAGGAAAACAAGAAAGUAAGACCAGCACGAGAUGUUGAGGGUAAAAAUCCAGGACAAAAGAAUAGUCAUCAUUCAGAGGGUAGAAAAAAGACUGGAGAAAGGGAAGGUCAGCAGCCAGGAGAAAGAGAAGGACAGGAACCAGCAAAUAAUAAACAUCACAAUAAACGAGGGAAGCGAGAUGCCAAUCCAGGAAGUGAACCAGGGAAAGGAAAAAAGAAUGGACAGCAGCCUGAAGCAAACAGUAACCAUAAAAAUAACGGCAGACACCCAAGAGAUCUAAACAACCAUGUUGAUGGAGAAGGAAACAAAGAAGGUCUACGCAACAAACAUAAUGAAGAUUUAGGGCAACAUAAUAACAAGUCACGCUCACAUAAAAGAAAUCAAAACGCACAUCAUCACAAAGAAAGCAUUCAAGAGGAGAAAGAAAAUAAAACAGAAGUCAGUAAUGGUCCAAACCCAGGAAAAAAGCAUAGACAUCAUUCAGAAGGCAAAACAAAGAAUGGAGAAAGGGAAGGUCGACAGCCAGGAGAAAGAGAAGGCCAGGAAAACAAGAAAGUAAGACCAGCACGAGAUGUUGAGGGUAAAAAUCCAGGACAAAAGAAUAGUCAUCAUUCAGAGGGUAGAAAAAAGACUGGAGAAAGGGAAGGUCAGCAGCCAGGAGAAAGAGAAGGACAGGAACCAGCAAAUAAUAAACAUCACAAUAAACGAGGGAAGCGAGAUGCCAAUCCAGGAAGUAAACCAGGGAAAGGAAAAAAGAAUGGACAGCACCCUGAAGCAAACAGUAACCAUAAAAAUAACGGCAGACACCCAAGAGAUCUAAACAACCAUGUUGAUGGAGAAGGAAACAAAGAAGGUAAAUAAAAUAAACAAAACCUGUAACAUUUACGC